CAACCACGAGCUCAAUUAGAGCUUAUUCUAAACUUAACUCAAUAUCAUCCGUUUUUAGCCCUAAAUAGAAAAUCCAAUUAUCCAACAACACCGCUCCCACGGACCCAACCGGCGCGAGGAAUGAAAGUUGUUCACACAUGGCGGAGCUUUCCUUGCAAUCGGCACUUAGAAGUUAGAACGAACAAUACAAGUCAUUACUCAUUCAGUCAUUUGCCGUGCAACUGUGCAAGUGAAUCAUUCAAUUAGAUUUAGCUUUUAGUGGGCGUAAUGGAGGAUAAGGGUCGCAAUUAUCAAGAGUUACUGCAGCUGCGAAAGCUUGUAACGAAGCUUGCGAUGGAAAUCGAUGUUAAAAACAUGAGAUUGUUUCACAUGGAGGAGAGGUAUGAUCAGUUGUCGACAACCCUUGACAGUAUGGUUAUGGAGAAACGGAAGCUGCAACAAGAUCAUGCCAGAGCUAUCUCUUUCAGAAAUUGAAAGAUUGCAAUCUGUAAUAUUGAAUAGUGAGAAAGAAAAACGUGAGUUGGAAUAUCAAAGACAGCAAAUUGAGCUCAGAGCCGAGGAAGUUGAUAAACGUGAGAUACAAAUCAAAUCUAAACAUGAAAAGCUUGACUCUUUAAUGCGAGAGCUGGAAGAAGGUGGUGACGAAAUGCAAUGCUUAGAAACCCUUAAUCAAACACUUAUUAGCAAAGAGCGUAUAACUAAUGAAGAGUUGCAAGAUGCCCGCAAAUAUUUGAUACGUACAUUACAAGGAAUUACUGAUGUCGAGGCUAGCAUUAGAAUCAAACGAAUGGGGGAGGUUCAAAUUACGCCUUUUCGAGAUGCCUGUUUGAAAAGGAUGCCAUCCGGAGAUUGGGAUAUGAAAGCAUCUGAGUUAUGCUCAUCAUGGCAACAAAUCCUUGGUGAUCCUAGUUGGCAUCCUUUCAAAAAUAAAAUUGUGAAUGGAAAGUUGAAGGAAGUUGUAGAUGAAGAUGACAAUAAGUUGAAAGGAUUGAAAAGUAAAUGGGGCGAGGAAGCAUACAAAGAGGUGGUUAGUGCAUUGUUGGAGCUGAAUGACUACAAUCCCAGUGGUAGGUUUGUUGUUCCUGAAAUCUGGAACUAUGACGAGGGGAGAAAAGCUAGCCUGAAAGAGGGCAUAGAGUAUCUAGUACAGAGAUUGACAGCCAAGUUCUUGAAGCGCAAAAGAUAAUAGACAAGAGUGCUCCAACAGCCGGAUCAGGCAGAAACGUAAAUCCUGUAACAUAAUCGAGCAAAUGUUGGUGGUAGCAGCUUUGAUGUGGAUGUACCAUGAGUUAUUAGUAUAUUGGUAUCCUUGGUUCGUAUCACCUUUCUAAGUAGUUCAUCUACCAAUAUUUUUAAUGGAAACUUUGUUGCUGCUGGUGUCUGUAAACUCUUGUGCCCUUAAGAAUCAUUAUGUAAAUACUAAAUAGCCUGGGAUUCGCUUGAUCUAUAAGCAUAAGUUGUAUGUAUAUUAGGAAUUUAGGAUGUGGGAGAUCACCAUACAGUUCAUGUAGUGGGACUGGGACAUUACCGUAUAACUGCAUUUUUUUUCCCGUUUCGACAACGACGUAUAACUGCAUAUUAGUGUGCAGCGGAGGACACUAAACACUUGGUAUGUCUCUCAUGGACCAUGUGAAAAUGUACCGUAAAAUAUUAUAAGAAACUUUGAAUACGUAUGGUUGUUACUCGUA